CUACCUACAUACAUGUACAUGGUCACGGAACUAGCGCUAGACGUUCGACAACUCGACGUUUGAUGUUUCCCUGAGAUUGGGUGGUAACUCGUGCAGGUGGAAAUCGCAACAUAGAUAAACUUUCUGUGGGAUGAACCCGUAAAAGAACGACCAUGGGGAUCGGUGCGUCUGUGAGGGGACCUGCAAACCAGGCUGGUGGCGGCAGGAGGCCGUCUGUGUGGAGUAACAUCCGCACCAAACUCACCCUGCACACCGUCAGUAGAACCAUCCCGGAACGGUACGCCCAGGGUGUUUGGCAGCAGCCUCGGAGAGAGCGGGAACCUUGGAAGACUCUACUGGCCAACGCCGCAAACAACCUACAGGAGCAGCUGAAAGGGAAACAGGCCAACAACAAGACGUUCUUACAAGAGUUCCAGGCCUUGUUGGAGGGUAAAAUUCCUGCUGAACCACCGCCCAACAGUACGAAAGAGGUAUGGGUGUUCAUCAGUUCCACGUUCACGGACACCAAGGUCGAGAGAAACCUGCUGAUGGAGGACGCCUACCCCUUCCUGAGGGAGUACUGCCGCCGGAUUGGCUGUAACUUUAACGAGGUUGACCUGAGAUGGGGGGUGCGGGACGAGGCCACGGACGAGCACCAGACGGUGAAGAUCUGUCUGAAGGAGAUCCUGAGAUGCAGGGAAACGUCCAUUGGUCCGUUCUUUGUGGGCAUCCUGAGCCACAAGUACGGCUGGCGGCCAUUCCCGCCGGAAAUCCCGCAGCUGACGUUUGAAAAACUGAUGGAGCAGAUCCAACACACCAACGAGUUCGCCGCACAUCUGCUGAAGAAAUGGUUCCAACUGGAUAGAAACGCACUCGACCCAGUCUACAUCCUACAACCAAUCUCCACGCAUUACCCUGGGUACGUGAUCCUGGGUAGUAAGUCUGAUGACGGAAGGUCCUGGUCACAAGAAUACGGUGCCAUGCAGAUUGCCAUGCGCGGUGCGGCGAGGUUAGCCGGUCUGGAGGAAGACGACAUCGACAAGUAUCACAAUUCAGUAACUGAAGGUGAAAUUCUAAAAGCUCUCGAUCUUGGAGAAUCGGAUGGUCGUCUACAGGAAAGAUGUUUCUUCUUCAGUAGGACAAUUGAUGGAUUCAACGCGUCUGAUCAGAAUGCAAGGUACUACACAGACGUGUGUUCUGAGGGAAACGUCGACAACGAAUCGCAGCAGAAACUGACCACGCUCAGAGAACGUGUGAAGGAAAGGAUGGGAGACCGAGCCAUGUUAAGUUACCACAUGACAUGGGAGCCUGAGUCAGGACUGACCGCGCUCAAUAAUGUUCGGAACGUGCAGGAGUUUUGUGACGAGUUCUGCACGCAGCUGAUCUCAUCCAUUGUGAAAGGGGUUGUCAACGGACACUCCGCGGAUCACCCGCUAUAUGACGAGCUUGUGCAUCACGCAGAGAUGUGCCGACAGAGACUUCAGACGUUUGUGGGCAGGGAGGACUAUUUUAACAAGCUGAGCCUGUGUUACAACUGUCGUAAGCCUUUACCACCAGACUACCGGGGUCUUUCUGCCAGGUUCUUAGAACUUCUCUACAGGGCGACCGAAGAGAAACCUUUAGUAUUGUUCAUAGAUUCUCUGGACCAGUUGGAGGGAGGAGACGAGGGGGACGACUUGACAUGGCUGCCGACAGCACUGCCCCCUAACGUCCACCUGGUGCUCAGCACCCUAACUCGGGGAGAGACCCUCGGUAUCCUCAAGAGCAUGGGCUACGGAGAUGACAGCUUUCUACAGGUCUUACCACUGGAUUCUACUCAGUCAAAGCACAUGGUAACUUCGCGGCUGGCUCGACUUGGAAGAACCCUAGCGCCUGACCAGCUGGAUAAGUUACUGACGUCCCAUCAGAAGGGCCAGCUAACGCCGCUGUACGUCCGCAUCGCUAGUGACAUGGCGGCCAAGUGGAAGUCCUACACCCCGUUAGAACGGUGUGACCUGGCCUCAUCGACCACCACACUCAUCAAGCAGUUUUUCAGGCAGCUUGAAAAGACGCACGGAGAAAAACUGGUCAGCCACACGCUGUCCUACAUCACGGCGUCAAAAUCGGGGCUGUCCACCAAUGAGCUUCUGGAUGUCCUGUCAUGUGACGAGUCCGUUCUUGAUGACGUGUUCCAGUACCACAUGCCGCCGGUCAGGAGACUGCCCACGUUACUCUGGACGCGUUUGAGGAACGAUCUAGAUGACUAUCUCGUAGAGAACGGAGUAGAAGGAGCUGUGGUGUACAGAUGGUAUCACAGACUGUUUGCUGAGGUGGCACGAGAGAUGUACCUGUCCCACAUGGCGGACCACAUCCACAGAGACCUGGCGGACUACUUCAUGGGCAGAUGGGCGCAUGAGCCCAAACCGUUUCUGUCCAAGGACGAUAGACUACUGCACCUUAAGGGUCGCGGAGUGUAUCCUCAAGACCUGGUUCUGUCAGAUGGGAAGGCGGAUGGAAGUGAGACAAUAUAUAACCAGCGGAAGCUGACUGAACUACCGCAUCAUAUCAUCAAAGCGAAGAUGUGGACAACAGCAGAAACGGUAAUGUGCAGCAUCCCUUGGAUGGAGGCUAAGUGCAGGACAGGCCGUGUGUACGAGCUGACGUCAGAGUUGUCGCAGGCCGCCAAAGAAUGCCCGGGGGUUUCUGACUGCCAUCGCUUCAUCUUGGCAAACGCGCGGAUCUUGCACGAGAACCCGGAUGUCCUUUGUCAACAGGCUCUGAAUGAGCACAAGUCGUCCAGUGUUGUAUCUUCUGCAAGGAAUCACUUGAAGGGAACAAAAGCUGUACAUUGGAUAGACCGGACCAAGGACCAGUCCCCGCGGCCGGAGCUGCUGGUCCUGAAACAUCCUGGCGCCGCCAGGCUCUGUUUGUUCUCUCCGGAUAACGCCUACCUGACCGUGGCUUCUGACGGAGGGUCACUGAAUGUCUGGAAGGUCGCCACUGGAGCCCCUGUGUUCAGUGUGAAGGCCACGCCCCUCGCCAUGGCUUUCCACCGGCAGAACCUCUGGCUGGCUGUGUGUGAGGCGAAGAACAUCAAAAUAUUUGGUCUCGGGAUCGGAGGAAAUGCAGAAGGCACAGUAUUACAAAAUAUAAAGCUUGGGCUACAGUGUGACUACUGCACCGUCCUGUACGUUCCUCAGACGAACAGAGAGCUGAGACUGGUGACCUUCGGACAGUUCCUUAUCUUCAACGUGCAAACAGGGGAACAGUCCCAGAAAAAGAAUCUUCGUUGUCGACCAAAAGCUGUUGCAUUCUCUCCUACUGCCACAAGUCUAGCCGUUGUGGGCAACGAGGUCCUCCUCUGGGACUAUAACAUGGAUAAAGAUCUAAAGGUCCUUCACACAGACAAGAAGCUCGGUGACGCCAAGCAGGCUUACAUAGCUUUCUCUCGGGACGGCAGAAGAGUUCUUGCAGUUCUCGCUAUCGGGACCUACCUGUGGAAUGUUCCGGGGACAUCUUCUAAGCCGAUCAGAAAACUGCUGACCAACAGCCUGUCGGGGUGGGCAGCCUUCAGCCCCCAUCUGGACUUCCUGGCCACGCCUGAGCGGAACGAUCUUCGGGUUUUCUCUUUGAAGCCAACUGGUUCCGGUUGGUCCAAGCUGAAGGGUCACACCGAACCGAUAACCUGCUGCAGCUUCGGCAGUGCCGGACCUCAGGAGAGUCUGCCUAUCUGCAGCGGUGGGAAGGACAACACUGUCAGGGUCUGGGACUCCUCACUGCUAACAUCAGCACAGUCUCAGAACCACAGGGAUAUGGUGUGUCAUCAGACGUCCGUUACUUCCUGUGGUUUCUCCACGCUCAGUGACUCCAUGAUAUCGUGCUCUGCGGACACCACAUAUCUGUGGGACUUGUUCACUGGAGAACCCGAGCUGAAUUCAACAUUAAGCACCCCAAAGUUGUGCAAGGAGCACAAAGUUGCUUGCUUUUCCCUGGAUGGUGACUUUGCGUGCUGUUACUGCUACCUGGGUGUGGACGUGUGGUACCUCAGGGGGCAUCACCAGGUGCCAAACACACGUUUAGGGGUCCACAGGACGAUACCCUUCGUGAACCUGGAUCAUCUCUUCGUGACGUUUGGUGCGAGUGGUAUGAUGGCCUGCUUCACAACAGAGGCCAAACCUGGAGUGGUGGUGUUCUAUCCGAUCCUGUCCUCCGAUGAACUGGAGGACUGGAGAUCAGGCAAGAGUGAACCUGGUCCAGACACACAGACCUUCACUACAACUGAGUUUGAUCAUGGAGAAAACGUCAAGAUAACUGCUGCAGCUAUUUCUAGAAGAGGCGACACACUGGGGACUAUGCAAGUUGCUCUUGACUCGUUCAAAAGAUCCGAGAGAGCCAACAAGACUUUUGUUCCGUCCAGCCCCGUUGUUGUCCUGUGGAAUGUAAGGUCUCAAGAAAUCUCCCAAAGUAUCGAGCUUCCCAGUGGACUGACUGCACACCACAACAUACUGUUCUCGGGCUCCAAGGCCGUGGUCUACAUGUUGGAGAAAAGACAGCCCAAAACGUCAACCCCUUCAAAGAACGAGACGUUUGCGGUGAUACGAAUGCAGGGAAAUCAGCCAUCGGAACUAGAGCUACAGUAUAGGGAUACUGGUUAUUACACCACUAUGUUAGAAGUUAUGGACAUGACUGGGGUGUUGAAGGGCGGCCACCGGUUGGCGGGCUGGCAUCUCGUAGGGCUGGAUAGACAUGGCGUGUUCCACAGCCUGGAACUUGGUGGAGAGAAGAUGGCGUUCGCCAUGACGUCAACACACGUGACUUCGUUUGGCCUAUCGGGGGACAGGAAGUCGGCGGUGAUGGGAUGUGACAAUGGGCAGGUACACUUGUUAAAGAAACAGGUGUUCUGAGCAAGGACCUUUUCGCUGCAUCACAGAAAAGGCUUAAAAUUGGACUGAAAAGGACCUGCAAAACCAGAUAUUAACACAUGUUGUGCAAUAACUGAAAUAAUGUCUGUCGGAUCAUUCUUCACUGUACAUAAUGCAAUGGCGUUCUUAUGUCGAAUUCUUGUCUCGGAAUCAUGUGUACUGGCAAAAUGAAAUGACAUAAAAUAAGAGGAAUGUCGGUGUUAAGGAAGAAUUCUCAAUGGAAAAAAAACUUCUCAAAUUCAGAUAACUGCAUUUUAAAUGUGGACAUUAAGAUUUAUACAUAUAUAUAAGUAAGUUAUAUAUGUAAGAUUUAGAUAUAUGACUGAGGGGUUUAGGGAUUUUUAGUAAGUUAACUAUAUUAUAACAGCCAUAGCAGUGCCCUUCAGGACGAGGAGGUGCCCAAAUACUACACCAUAUAGCAGUGUGU